CCAACUGUACCAUCACCAUCUCUCCCCACCGACAUUUCUAAUUCUAUGAAUCCCACGUAACCCUAAUCAAUUCAACAAAAUCAAUUCAACAAAUUGUAACCUAAAACCCUAAAUUCAAAUCCCCAAUUCAAUCAAUCCUGCUAAAAUCCCCAAAAAUAUCUCUGAUUAAUCAUCAAAUUCUUACCUUCCCAUCAAUCAGAAUCCUACCAAACGAUCAAUUUCCAAAAAUUAGCAUUCGUCCGAUUCAAUUUCUCACCAAAAACCCUAAACCGGGUCGGGUAAACCAUGCUGGAUCGUAUACUCGGGCCACGCCGUACGCGCCAAUUCCACCGUCUCCUCCACAAAAGCAAGGUCACACUCCUCUGUCUAGUCCUCACAAUCGUCGUCCUACGUGGCAACCUCGGCGCCGGAAAGUUCGGUACACCGGAGCAGGACUUCAAAGACAUCCGAGACACCUUCUACCAGUACCGAACCAAGCGGUCCGAGCCGCGGCGAGUCCUCGAAGAGUUACACGCCUCAACCGAUCAAACAACGUCGUCAUCCGGUUCGACCAGCACGACCAGUUAUGCUGAGUUUGAUAUAAACAUGUUGUUUGUAGACGAGGAUGAAGUUGAUGUGAAUAAUGACAAUAAUGGGCCGUACAGUAUUGGGCCCAAGAUAUCAGACUGGGAUGAGCAGAGAGCUGAUUGGUUGAAACAAAACCCUGGGUUUAGUAAUUAUGUGAAUAAUAAUAUUAAUAAGCCUAGGGUUUUAUUGGUGACUGGAUCAUCACCUAAACCUUGUGAGAAUCCUGUUGGGGAUCAUUAUUUGUUGAAGAGUAUUAAGAACAAGAUUGAUUAUUGUAGAUUACAUGGGAUUGAGAUAUUUUAUAAUAUGGCGUUACUGGAUGCGGAAAUGGCCGGUUUCUGGGCGAAAUUGCCGUUGAUUAGGAAGUUGUUGUUGAGUCAUCCGGAAGUGGAGUUUUUGUGGUGGAUGGAUAGUGAUGCGAUGUUUACGGAUAUGGCGUUUGAGGUGCCGUGGGAGAGGUAUAAGGAUCGGAACUUGGUGAUGCACGGGUGGGAUGAGAUGGUUUACGAUGAGAAGAAUUGGAUCGGGUUGAAUACGGGGAGUUUUUUGUUGAGGAAUGGUCAAUGGGCGUUGGAUUUGAUUGACGUUUGGGCUCCGAUGGGGCCGAAAGGGAAGGUUAGGGAUGAAGCGGGGAAGUUGUUGACGAGAGAGCUUAAGGAUCGGCCGGUUUUUGAAGCGGAUGAUCAGUCGGCGAUGGUUUGGAUAUUGGCGUCGCAGAAGGAGAGAUGGGCGGAUAAGGUUUAUUUGGAGAAUCAUUAUUAUUUACACGGGUAUUGGGGUAUUUUGGUUGAUCGGUAUGAGGAGAUGAUCGCGAGUUACCAUCCUGGGUUUGGUGACCAUAGGUGGCCGCUCGUUACUCAUUUUGUCGGGUGCAAACCUUGUGGGAAGUUCGGUGAUUACCCUGUUGAAAGAUGUUUGAAACAGAUGGAUCGUGCGUUUAAUUUUGGGGAUAAUCAGAUUUUGCAGAUGUAUGGGUUUACUCAUAAGUCACUUGCUAGCAGGAGGGUGAAACGAAUUAGGAAUGAUGGUAGUAAUCCUCUUGAAGUGAAGGAUGAGCUCGGUUUGCUCCACCCUGUAUAUAAAGCUGUUAAGGUAUCGUCGUCUUGAAAUAAACACGUUAGGAAGGAGAAUUAGUUGGUUGUUUUCACUUGCGAAUUGGUAUUGCGGUCUACAUUAUUUUGUAUCGUUCUUUUAUUCGUUGGAUGUCAUAGCUUGUUGAUUGUAUUGAAUUUUUUCUUGUUAUUAGCCAGUUUAUAUGGAAAGGAAACAAAAAGCUUGAGCCUACUUUUGUUA